AUGCAACGUUCCACUAAACCUCCACCAUUUCCAUUUCCAAAAGAAAAUCGAAAAGUAGAAAAGUCUCAUUUAAUCAAACAUGGACCAAAUUCCACAAUUCAACAACGACACCAGCAAUACAAUCAACACUUAUCGCGACAACAAAGUGUUGAAUCAAAAGCAAAUACUCAUAGUGAAAAUCAACAAUUUUUAAAAGAAAUUGUUUCAUGUGUACUCGAUGGACAAGGUAUCGGAUGGUUAAAAAUAAAUCGUGUAAAAAAAUUAAUGGAAGAUGAAAAUUAUCGAAAUUUCGUUCUAAGUAGAUUAAACACAAAUUUAGAUCGAAAAUUUUCUGAUGAAGAUGAUCACAUUGAAGAUGUGAAAGUAAGUCGUGCUGUCUUUAAAGGGAUGACAAAUAUAUUAAGAAGUGUUAUACAAGGUUUGGAAGUGACAUUUGAAAAUUAUAGCUAUAAUCACACUUACAUGAUUGAAAGUGAAAAUCUUUUAUUGUGCCAAUCUCGUUUAGGUGGAAUGGCAUCCGGUUUUCAGUUACUCGAGAUAGCACAUACUCAUUAUUGGCUGAAAGAUAUUAAUCGUGCUGAAUUAAGUCCAAUGUCUGAACGUAAUAGUCCUAUUGGUGGCAGUCGUGAAAGCCUAGCGUCGUUAGAAACUGCGCCCGUUGCUCAAUCUUCAAAUAAUAAUAAUAACAAUAAUAAUAAUAUUCAAUUGCCAUUAGCGUCACAAUCAACUACACCACAAUCUAAUAGUACAGCCGGAGGAUUAGUUGCACAAUUAGGUAGUCUAUGGCGCGAAUCAAAGUUAGCGUUAGCUCGUAGUUAUACAUCAGCCAUCCAGCCAUCUUCAAUAGUUGAAUUAAAAACCAAUCCAAGACAUUCCUUUUCUCCUCAUGAACCAUUUCAUACAUCCGUAUCUGUUAGUCCAUCAUCGACUACAUUACAAAAUAUAAAUAAUGGUAGUUUAGUUUGUAGUAAUAAUAAUAAUAAUAAUAAUAAUAAUAAUAAUAAUAAUGCGACACGUUACAUUAAUAAUAAUAAUCCUGAUACAUCGUCUUCUGCUGAUGGUCAGCAUUUUUCUAACAUUUCAACGUUAAAACAAAGUAAUACUUAUUCACCGACAACUGAUGUUCAGACCACGACACCUAACGAUCCUGUCUUAUUGAACGGUGAUGAAUAUCAAAACAUCGAAAUAUCUCGUGAAAAGUCAACAUCUGUUUCAGCUGAUUCAGCAAAACCAAAUAAUAACAAUAAUAAUGAACAACAGGAACAUUUGACAAAUGAAUUAAAACCAAAUACUCUAAAUAAAUCACCGCUUGAAAGUCCAUCUAGUCAAACGCGACCCGAUUCUCUUAGUUUAACUAGUUCAAUGAAAAUUAAUGAGAAUAAUGAAAACUCGAGCCCAAUGUCUAAAACUCGUAUAACUUUGUCUCGUAUUAAUACACUCGAUAAUACAACCGAUGAUGAAGCUGGUAAUUCAUCAGCUUCCUCGAGUCGUCGUCAAUCAAAAAUUAAUCAUCAUUUAAUACGUGUUACAAAUCAAUGGGGAUUAAAUGAUGAACAUAAUAAAUUGAAAAAUAGACGUUUAUCCACCGGAUCAUCAGCUAAGAGUGCAUUAUCAGGUGGAUAUAGAUUUCGCAACGGUUCAAUAACACAAGUAGUAGAUGUUCAACUACCAACCGUCAAUGAUAAACAGUAUUUAUUCGAAGUAUUAGUUGGAAGUUCAAGAAGUCACUUGUGGGAUCAGAUGCAAUAUUGGGAAGAUGUAUUUUUGGAUGCUGUUGCACAAGAACGAGAUAUUAUUGGAUUAGAUCAAGGACCAGCUGAAAUGAUGGAAAGAUAUAAUUCAUUGGCAAAUCCUGAGCGUAAACGUCUUGAAUUAGAUGAAGAUCGUUUAUUGGCUGUAAUGUUGUAUAAUUUAAUUGCAUUUAUGAUAAUGAUGCGCGUUAGUAAAGAAGAAAUUCGGCGAAAAAUUCGUCGUAUGCUUGGAAGAUGUCAUAUUGGUUUAGCUAUGAGUCAACAAGUGAAUGAAUUACUCGAUAAUAUACAUAAUCUGAAUGGAAAUGAUGUUGAUUUACGUCCAGCUGGUAGUCGAUUAUUACAAAAACAAAGUUUUACAGUACAUUGGGGUGUUGAUAAUACGGGUGAUAUGCUUUUUAUGGAGGUUUGGGAUGAUUGUAUUAUCGUACGAAGUGUAUUAGGCGAGGUCUACGAUCGAUGUUGGUUUGAAAAACUAGUAAAUAUGACAUUUUGUCCAAAAACAAAGGUUCUAUGUCUUUGGAGAAAAGCUGAGGGAGAAACACAACUAAAUAAAUUUUAUACAAAACGAUGUCGAGAAUUAUAUUUUUCAAUUAAAGAAGCAAUGGAAAAAGCUGCCACGCGAAUUACUGGUAGUCUCCCUGGAAAUCUCAAACGAAAUCUCACAAAACCCUAA